GAGAGAGUGAUGAGUGCAGAAGAGACACUGUUGUUUUUCAAAGGAGAGUUACAUAUUUUGGAGUAACGCGCUCGACGCUGACAGGCGGUCGUGCGUCUUGGAGAGGGCAGGGACGCCGGAGACGCGCAACGGCGGCAGCAGCGAGCGCAGUGUGUUUGGAGCCACCGGUUGAGAUCAUUCAACACUCCGAGCGCUGACUGUCUGAGCGGGCUGUGGAAUACAAAUCGACGACCCCCACCUCCCCAAAACCCCUAAAACAACAACGAUGGACAUCCUCCUUGGAUCCCUGAUUAGCAAAGAAAGUGUCGGAUGAUGGAAAUUGGAGCUGCUGCGCAUCACAAUCCUGAAGCUUCUUUAAACAGGACUGUGGGUGUGUGCGCGUCGGGCUCGCCGUUACCUCCGGACUGCACUCGCCAACUUCCCCCGCUUUUCAUCAAGUCAUGUCUGAUACAGAGCGAUGGGCAAGUUUGACGACAACGAGAGGAUAAUCCUCAACGUCGGCGGCACAAGGCACGAGACCUACAAGACCACCCUGAAGACCCUGCCGGGGACGCGACUGGCCCUGCUCGCCUCCGACUCGGACAUCGACUCCGUGCUGGAUCAGCUGCAACAAGUCCCCGGCUUCAUCGAGUACAACGCGCGGACCAACGAGUACUUUUUCGACCGCCACCCGGGCGUCUUCGCCUACGUGCUCAACUAUUACCGUACAGGGAAACUCCACUGCCCGGCGGAUGUGUGCGGACCGCUGUUCGAGGAGGAGCUCUCCUUCUGGGGCAUCGAUGAGACGGACGUGGAGCCCUGCUGCUGGAUGACAUACCGGCAGCACCGGGACGCGGAGGAGGCUCUGGACGUGUUCGAGCUUAACGUUGACAACGGGGACGAUGACGACGAGAUAGGGAAGAGGCUCGGGAUUGAGGAUGUGGCUGCAGACGGGAAUGUCAGCCUGUGGAGGAAGUGGCAGCCAGUCAUCUGGAAUCUAUUCGAGGAUCCGUACUCCUCCAGGGCGGCGCGGUUCAUUGCCUUUGCAUCUUUGUUCUUCAUCCUGGUCUCCAUCACCACCUUCUGUCUGGAGACUCAUGAGGCUUUCAACACCAUCAUCAACAAGACUGAACUUGUGCGGAACAGCAGUGUGCCGGAUUCAGGCCCGCAGUACGAGAUCGAAACUGACCCUGCGCUCACGUACGUGGAGGGCGUGUGUGUUUUCUGGUUCACCAUCGAGUUCCUGGUGCGCGUGACCUUCUGCCCGGUCAAGUUGGAGUUUGUUAAGAGCGUUCUCAACAUCAUCGACUUUGUGGCCAUCCUGCCUUUCUACCUGGAGGUAGGGCUGAGUGGCCUUUCUUCAAAGGCUGCCAAGGAUGUGUUGGGUUUCCUCAGGGUGGUGCGCUUUGUUCGUAUCCUGCGUAUCUUUAAGCUAACGCGUCAUUUUGUGGGGCUCAGGGUGUUGGGCCACACAUUACGUGCCAGCACCAAUGAAUUCCUGCUGCUCAUCAUCUUUCUGGCGUUGGGAGUGUUAAUUUUUGCAACCAUGAUCUACUACGCCGAACGAAUUGGUGCUAAGCCAAAUGACCCCACUGCUAGCCUGCACACCAAGUUCAAGAACAUCCCCAUUGGCUUCUGGUGGGCUGUAGUGACCAUGACAACACUGGGCUAUGGUGACAUGUAUCCAGAGACCUGGUCGGGCAUGGUUGUGGGCGCGUUGUGCGCCUUGGCGGGUGUGCUGACGAUAGCCAUGCCUGUGCCUGUUAUUGUCAAUAACUUUGGGAUGUACUACUCUCUGGCCAUGGCCAAGCAGAAGCUGCCCAAGAAGAGGAAGAAACACAUCCCUCAGGUGGUGCAGGGAGGCUCCCCUUCCUACUGCAAAGCUGAUCUAAACACCACCUGCAACAGCACUCAAGGGGACCUUUGUCACGUCAAAGGGACCAGGGUACUAGAACGCAAUCGCUCAGUUCUGUCAGCAGACUGCAGCAGUGACCUGACCCUGUCCCCAGAGGAGAGGGUCCCCAUGCGAAGGUCCAGCGACCGGGAACAGGACCGCAGGAGCACUGGAACGUGCUUCCUGCUCGCUGCUAGUGACUACACCUGCCCUGCAGACGGAGGGCUACGGAAAACAGGCUAUGAGAAAUCCCGGAGCUUAAACAACAUAGCGGGCAUUGCCGGUAACACCCUGAGGUUGUCGCCUGUGACCUCGCCGUACGGAUCACCGUGCCCCCUGCGGCGCUCCCGCUCCCCCAUCCCCUCCAUCCUGUGAGACGUCUGGCACUCCGCCACAUUGGCCUAAACCCCCCCCCCCCCCCCCCCCACACACCUUAUCCCCACACACACACACACACACACACACACACCACCUCCCACCCCAACUCCUCUCGAUAUUGUGGCUAGUGGAUGAGUACUUUGUAGCUGAGACUCCGGUUAGCAGCUUCGGCUAACUCCUCACCUCUCACCCUGUUUUUCCAUGAAGGAACAUGUUAGCUUAGCUUAGCUUCAGUCAGCCCUCCUGUGUCACCUGGAGUUCCCUUCAGCUCGUUAUUAUCCUACUUUGAGACUUGCAAUAAAAGAACUCCGACUGGUGGCUUCAGAGGUAGCAGCCAUAACAUUUAAUAAAGGACACAUUACUAAUCAGGGAUCUUAGAUGUUGCUAUAUUUAGAUACUUUGAAAAAAAAAAAAAAGUGCUUCCACAAAAAGAAAGAGAGAUGUCACUUCAUUUUAAAACCUCAUGCGACUGUGACUCUGGUUUUGUUUUAUUUUUUGGGAUGGAGACGGGGAGGAGGGGGAGGAGGACUUGUCUUUCAGGAGGAGUGUGUGUGUGUUUUUGGACUCACACACACGUUCACAUGUCUGUCACUCUUCACCUGCUGCUGGGCCCCCGCUCAUGUUUGCAUGGAUCAUCCUGUGACCAUCGUCUGCAGGCCGCGUGGAGAGGGGACGAGGCCUCGACAAUACAUACACAUCCAGAAGGAGUAUUUUUUUAAUCUAAUGUUAUUAUGUCGGGGGUUUAGGGGCUUCUAUCGUGUCUCAUUUUGCCAUCGGCCUUCACCAACAAUCCACCUAGGAGACUGAAAAAACACAAAGCACCAGCUGGGUGUUCAUUCUCUCUGCAUGUGGGGGUCUUUCGUUCAUCUGCUGCUAUUUUUUCGAUUAACUUUCUCCCCAUCCUCCUGUAUGUUUUUCUUUCCUUUGAUGGGAGUGCCAACCAAAGCUGUUGUGUCUCUGGUUGUUUGCUCACAGAUAACUGCAGAGAGCUUGUCUGUACUGGUUUCACACAAGCAGAGAGCAGCGUUCUGUCUUAAUGGAUUAGAAGGGAGGCACUGCCAUGUUGGACAGGUAAAAGCCUUCUGGGGGUCACAUUGCAGUGCCUCUCACUCUCCCCCUUUUUGUUUUCUUCCAAUGAAUUCAAAUGUCUAUAAAUGUUAGUGUGCUUAUAAUCUGGGGUGGUUCAGUUAUCCCAGACUAAUGAAAACAUCCAGAGGUGUGCUUUGUAGCAUUUACAUCCCUGGAUAAUUCCCACUUCACGAUGGUAACACUUAACAAAGAUUAGCCAUGACCUAGGAGUUUAUUAGCAUGUAUAUAAGUAGCAUAUUAGCUCCUAAUUAGUCAUUAUUAAUGCUUUAUUUUGCAUGAUCAUAGUCUACAACUAGUGUGCCAUUAACUGAGAGUCAGUGUCACCUCCCAAUCACUCAUUAUAUUUAGGGAGUUAUCCUGGAAUUAUGAUAGUGAUUUUUUUGCCAAGUAUGGGCUUCAUGAAGUGGAGAAAAUCAAAGUAAAAAUGGAUUCCCAUUUUCAUCCCAUUUAGAGUCAAAUAGAUGAUGAAGGAUGACUCUUUUAGGGCGGGGCUUUACGUAAACCUGGAUAGACACUUUUGAUAAUUAUGUCCAAAUAUGGUCACUUCUGUGCACAGGAAAUCGAGACGAUGGCGGCCAAAAUGUCAAACUCUUGGCUUCAAAAUGAUGGUCAACCAGUGAGUGUCAACAUGGCGGCUACAUCCGCUUCAUUUAUGCAUUCUGUGAGUCUGAGAUUUUGAUUAGAGACGCCUAAAGUUUCCUUUAUCUAGAAGGAGCUGCUUGUUUGUGUGCAGCAUAUAACACAAUGAGAACAGCUAACUCGCUUCAUUUCUUUGAAUCUGUUGUGUCCAGAAUAUCAACAGGGCUACUUAUAUUCUGCCAACAUUGCAUGGAUGCAGCCUGAAGCCAGUAGUCGUGCUGCUUUUUUUAAAGGCAGGGUUGGUCAUUUACUCCACAUACACUUUAAAGAUAAAUCAGUAAUCUGAAGCAGUUUGUAAGCCUUUAAAAACUUUGACCAAUGUCUGCCACGAGGUACCAAUCUGAUGACCCAAUCAGAGCCUCCCUGCUCGCUCUCUACCCCUUGCGAUCACUAGCCCACACUCAAAGCGUGUCACCGAUUAUGGAGUUUACACUGUGAGUAGUAAGUUAGUCGUUUUUUUUUUUGCAUGUAUUAUGAUAAAGUUUAGUGUUUAUUUACCGCUGAAUGAAACAUGAGAUGACGUAGUUUCUACACAAUGUAAGAGAUGAGCUGAGGUCCGCUUCUGGAGCAACGACGCUCUUGCCUGUAAGUGAGGGGGCGUGGCUUUUGAGGGAGCACAGAGGGGAGGGGGUGGGUGCAGACACAGCACUGAGGGAAAGCUACUUUCAAAAUCAUUCAAAAAAUGACCAACCCUGCCUUUAAGGAAUUAAAACCUUACGUCCCUAAAUCUCAGGUCCAAUCAGGAGAACUCUGAGUUAAUUGCUUAAGAGACGUAGAACAUGAACAUGCAGAAUAAUGUAUUUUAAUGUGCUCAGUAUGUUGACUAACAAAGAGCCAACAUGUUACUGCUCAUGCAUGUAAAAAGAAACUUGUGAAUGUUGGAUUUGUGUUCCUGAGUGUUACCAAACUAUUUAACAACUAUGAUAUAACUCUUUCCACUUCCUCUCGUUAAACCUGCACAGAUUCACUUUAACCCAUCUCUCACCAAGGGCUACUAACUGCUCUCAAGUCCCCCAAACGAGACACACUAACCUGAAUUCUUCUCGAACAGAGUCUCAUAUCAAACCUCAUUUUACACCUAAAGUAUUCAUUCACAUUGUUCAUGGCAGACAUAAUGUUUCCCUCUGAGCACCAACAGGUGUGGGACAGCAGACAUGUUGCCAUGUGCCUCACCCAUCUCCACUGUAUGUCUAUACCGGUAGCAGACGGUUGCUUAGCAACUGGCUCCCAGCAAGAUGCAUCUUACACAUAGCUCUGAACAAAAAAAAGAAAGUCAAACAAUUAAAAAGAAAGAAGCUCCUCGCAAAACAUUUCUCUUUGUCUGUACACCAAAUUAUUUUAAACACUCCCCCCCCCCCCCCUUCUCACACCCGUACCAUGAAGUGCUUUUGUAACAUUGGGAACAUGCUGAAGGGAACGGAUUUGUAUUGUGUUCUCAUUUUUGUGCACAUUAAAAAACUGCCAGUGUGUGCAUGGAGAGUUCUUCUGCAGUCACAGAUCAUGCAUUUCUGAUAUUUAGAGAUGUCUUUAUAUUUUAUUUAGACAGUUCUUUUCCUAUUUGAAUGACCCUGGGAUUAAGUCAUCAGUAUGAGGACCCUCACAGCGGAGCCACUCCUGCAGGACAGUACGGACGAGGACAGAGACGGACAGACUGACGGCCGCCCAGCCGACGCCUCAGAGAACAGGGACGUUAACGAUCACGAUGAAAUCCUGGGAGGACUUUAAGAAGCAUUUACCUGGUUUCUCUUUUUUCUUUUGGAACUUUGGAGAGAAAAAAAAAGAGCAAAACAAACUGGACACGUUGUUCAAAAAGAGACUAUUUGACUGUAUAGAUAUCGCUCCUGUAAAUACGACGGUGAACACAGCGCAUUGGGGCCGAGCGGCUCCGCCCACACAUCUGUCUGUUGAUGGCGAGUCAGGUAACGAGGUGGUCGGUUACACUCAAAUCACUUUUCUUGCUGUGGUUUCCCUCCUCGCAAUAAGUGUAUUAAGAUGUAUCAGUUGAGGCACUUUGUGUUUAAAAAAUGGAGUGUAUUCACAUAUGAGCUAACAAACAGUAUAUACAGUAUAGAGAGAGUUGAAUAAAUGUGACAUCAUGGUCAUCUCUGCUUUUGUUUCCUUGGUAAUUUUCAGUAGGUGAAUUUGCUCUACCGUGUGUGUAAAUGUGUGUGUGUGUGUGUGUGUGUGUGUGUGUAUCCUUAAACUCCAGGGUAAGAUGUGCAGGUUGAAAGGCCAGGUCAGCGGUAACCAAUGAGUGGACUUGUUGCUCUCACUGUUCCAUGAAGUUUUAGCACAAACACGAACGAGACAGAGCCCCCCCCCUCCCCCCCUUGUGGUGCAGUCGCUGUUGUAGAAGUCCCUCUCCUCGCCCUGCCUGUGCAUUCAACAUGCAACGACCCUGCAUUUGUGCUGCAGAAACCAAAUUAUACUUACCGAAAUAUUCCUCAUAAAACUCCUGGUGGCUAAAAAAAUAAAUUAAAAGAAAGCUGCAUAACUUGAUUCUUCCAAACUUUACCCCCACCUGGUGUGUGGGGGGCGGAGCAAAAGUGUAGCAGAAGUUUUCCAAGUUAUAAAGCGGGGCUUCUAGAAUGGCUACAUCUGCACGGUAGCAAUCCCAUCAUCCAAAACAAUCAGAUCGGAUUUGCAAUAAAAGCACCCGACAACACAAAGCGCCGAUGCACACUGUGAUUUCAGCAGAGACGAGACGGACAACAGAACGCACUGACAGGUGGUCCAACGUGCUACCUGCGCAGUGAGCUCGCUGUCACCCCUGUACCCACAAUCCUCCUCGUGUAGUACACACGCUGCUUUACUCUUUGACUCGACAAAGAGGAACCAUUCUUUGUGUAUUUCUAGGAUGACGUUGUGACUUGAAAAAAAACAAAACAAAUGUGUUUAUUUUUUGGGGGGAUCCAGAACAUGUAUUUUUGUGUCUUACUGUGGAGUAAACUUUGCUCUAAACCUGUGAACGUCCUGGUAGUCUGAUGCUGUGCUGUCUCCAUCGUGUCCUCAAACGUGUCAGGCUUUCGACCCAGAGUUCAUGUUUUUUGUAUGUUUUACUGUGAGGAAAAAAAAUUCUAGUUUGGAGUCCGUGUUUGUGGAGCCUUUUGUUUGGCCUUCUAAAGUGCAUGCUGAAAAAAAAAAAAAAAAAACAUUAUGUCAAACUGUAAAGAAAAAAACGAGAUGACAUACUGUAUAUCACGUUCAAAACAAUGUCUAUAGAGUGAAGGUAAAUGCUGUGUGACAGAUUCACAUAAACUAUUUAUCUUUUAA